AUGGAUUGGUGGAACAAAGUCGUCUUCCCCGUCCGUCGCGUUUGGGUCGCCGUUUCGGCCCGCGUCAAGUCAUCACGCAAACACGGUGGCGGGAUUCUGAUGCUCCACAACGACGUCCAGACUUGCGGGUACGAGGACGUCCAGGUCAUGUGGGAAAUGCUGCGCCGCUCCGAACUUGAGAUGGUCAACGGCGGCGGCCGCACCGCCGGCGAUCUUCUCAAGCGGAACCGGCCGUUCUGGCGAAUCUUCCUGUCGUCGAAUGCGAGGAGGACGUGUGGCUCCACUUCGCCUCUCGCGGCGGAUAUAGCCUGA